ACCAACCUAACCUAGUAUUCCGGUUAUUUGAACAUCAGUUAACAACAACUACUUUAAAAAGUGGAUUGUUUUCCUUUGCUUGCACUUUUUAAGUUUUUAGCUUUGUCUUUAUAGUUCUUGAUAAGAAGAUAUAAAUCCUACCAUUAUGUAUUCAGUACUACGCAAACAUGAAAAUGCCCACAGCGAAGCUAUCUGGACCUGUGCAUGGGGCCGACACAAUCCUGAGAAAAAGAAAAAGGAUGACGAGGAUAUAGAGGGAGAGGAUGAUGACAAAUCUAACGACUCCAUUUUAUCUGACGAUGCACCAUCAGACUAUAUAAUAACUGGAGCCUUAGAUGAUAUUGUAAAAGUCUGGGAUUUACAAGAUAAUAAACUUGAGCUCAAAAAUAACUUAGACGGCCAUUUUUUGGGUGUUUUAUGUGUCGUUAUCAGCAAUAAUGGAAAAUUGUGUGCCUCUAGUUCACUAGAUUCCUCAAUGAGAAUAUGGGAUCUUGAAAGAGGAGAACAAAUUGCAAAUGUUGAAGUUGGACCUGUAGAUCUUUGGAAAGUGGCGUUUAGUCCAGAUGAUAAAUAUGUUAUUUCUGGCAGUCGUUCUGGGAAAAUUACACAAUAUAACGUUGAAACAGCUAAUGUAGAGCAAACUUUUGAUACCAGAGGAAAAUUUACCUUGAGCUUAGCUUAUAGUCCCGAUGGCAAAUACAUAGCUAGUGGUGCUAUUGAUGGAUUUAUAAACAUCUUUGAUGUGGCAUCAAAUAAAUUAUGGCAUACGUUGGAAGGUCAUGCUAUGCCAAUUAGAUCUCUAUGUUUUUCUCCUGACAGCCAGUUUUUGUUGACUGCCUCUGAUGAUGGACACAUGAAAUUAUAUGAUGUGCAACAUACCCAUUUGGUAGGUACAAUGUCCGGACAUGCAUCUUGGGUAUUAGAUGUGGCAUUUUCCCCUGAUGGUAAAUAUUUUGUCUCAGGAAGUUCAGAUAAGACUGUCAAAGUUUGGGACGCAAACAGUAGACAGAGCAUUUAUACUUUUAGUGCACAUACUGAUCAGGUUUGGGGUGUGAAAUUUAAUCCAGACAGCAACAAGAUCAUUUCCGUUUCUGAAGACAAAAGCAUUAUUGUUUAUGGUUGUCCUAGGAAUCAAAAGUGACUAGAAGCCAGGCUCUUCAUAUUAUUUUAUCUAUUAUAUGUUGUGACAGCUCUUUCAAUCGAGAGAGGUCUUUUUUUUGUGAUUUACUCGAUGGGGUCCUAUGCGGGAAAUCCGAGAUUAUAAAUAAAAUUAAAAGUUUUUCUAUGUAAAUAAAAUUACAUAUCUGUUUAAAAAUUAACCAAAAUGUCAUUGAGCUAAUCAUUUUCAGUAACAGCGCUCUCAAUGGAGUGAGAUCUCACUUUUUUUUUCAAAUUCAUUUGCUGGGGCCCUACGCGUAAAAUCCAAGGUUUUUCAAUAAAAUUGUUAGAGCAGGUAAAGCGUCAUUCUGCUAUGAAACUAAAAGUGAAGCCAGUUUUUAGUAGGUGUUUGUACACCAAAUAACAGGUAAUGCAUUGAAUUAGCUAUACCACCAUUAUUUUGGAUCUCAAAAUAUCUGGAAAAAAUGGCUUCAAUUUCCAACUUCAUGUUCCUACUCCUCCCACCUAGGAAAUUACCUGCUCUAACAUAAAAUUGUAUAAAUGUAGGUCUCUCGUAUAUAAAUAAAAUACAAUUAUU